AUGUCCGGCUUUCGCCACGCCUUCUCCCUCUCCCGCCAGCAGGUCCAGGACGCCGUACCUCCUGGGACAGUCUCCCUAUCCAUCCACGCCCAACAAGUCGCGCACGGCAGCAACACCAAGCACGAAGGCGAACUCAUCCUCGUCCCCCAACCCUCCUCCGACCCCGCCGACCCGCUAAACUGGCCAACAUGGCGCAAGACCACCAUCCUCGUCCUCAUGUCGCUCUAUGCGUUCAUCGGCAAUUUCACCUCGUCUUCCAUCGCCAGUGCGUUUCCGCUGUAUGCGACGCCCAUCGCGUUUAAUCCGCCCGUUCCCAUGGGGGAUUUGAGUCAUCUUGUUGCUGUCAACGUCCUCAUGAUGGGCGCCGCAAACAUCUGGUGGGUGCCGCUGGCGAAUACAUUCGGGCGCCGCCCCGUGAACCUGUUCAAUAUCUUGCUCUUGAUGUUUUCGUCCGUGUGGGCGGGCAAGGCGACGAGCUUUGAGAGUCUGCUUGCGGCGCGCUUCUUUAUGGGGGUUGGAGUUGGGCCCGCUGAUACUAUUGCGCCGAAUGUUAUUGGGGAGAUUUACUUUACGCACCAGCGGGGGAAGGCUAUGGGAUUCUAUACUGUACUUCUAGCCCUGGGCUCUCUCGCUGGAGGUAUCUCAGGCGGCUACAUUGCAGGCAAUCAAGGUCUGGCGUGGCUGCACUGGGUCAACGUUAUCCUCUCCGCGAUCCUCUUCGUCGGCUGCGCACUCUUCGCCCCAGAGACACUCUAUAAACGCGAGGAACCCGCUCCUACAACCCUGGCUGCUGAAAAGGCACUCAAAGAGGGCGCAGAAACUUCCCAGAUCGAGGAAAUCAUCACAACUCCGGAGCGCGAAUACCCCAAAUACACCUUCCUACGAUCACUAAAGCUCUACACCUACCACGGCAACCUCGCAAAGAACUUUGUCGCCCCUUGGCUGACCCUCCGCCUGCCCGGCGUCUGGCUCGUCAUGUUCUGGUACGCCGGCUUGGUCGGCGGAAUCGUCACACUCAGCACCGUCGGUCCAUCCAUCGUCGCAUACCCGCCGUACGGAUGGGGCUCCAACGCGGGCCUGAUCAUGGUCGGCGGUGUUAUCGGCUCGAUUCUAGGAGUUGCAGCGACAGCGCUCUUCGCUGACCGUGUCAUUGUCACGAACAAGACGCUAAAGAAGGGUGAGUAUGUUGAACCCGAGGCGCGUCUCCCCGUUGCACUGCCUGGUCUGAUUCUCGCGACGGCGGGACUCUGGACGUUUGGGUUCUGUGCGCAGAACGCGGGGCCGAAGAUGUGGAUUGGCAUGCAGUUUGGAAUCGGCAUGCUUUCGUUUGGACUCAUGCAGGCGCCGUCUGUUGGAUUUAACUACGUCAUCGACUCCUACCGCGAGCUCGCAGCAGACUGCUUCGUGGCCAUCACAUGCAUGCGCGCAAUCAUCAGCUUCGCCUGGAGUUUUUUUGCCGGCCACUGGGUGGAAACGGCGGGGCCCGCGGUGCCGUUUGGAGUCUUUGGUGGGCUCAUGGGCGCGUUUACUCUGCUGUUUGUGCCGCAGUGGUUGUGGGGGAAGAGGACGAGGAUUGCAACGGCGAGGUGGGUUGUUUAG